AUGGCUACCAAGUUACACCACGCUGGCAUGGGGACUUGCUGCAUGCAACCUCUAAUCAAGCCAGACAGCCUGCCAUACUUUUACUAUGACUACAAGGAUAAGCAAGAUAAUAUAGUCUUGGGUUAG